AUGGUCGUUUCACGCGAUGAGUCCAGGCAAGAGCCGGACCAAAGCAUUGUGGGUCGUUCGCAAGACCCAAAUCAAGAAGCAGAAGGAAAUGAAGAAGACGAAGCGGAGACGCUCUCUUUCUGCGACCUCCCGCUCUACAGCGAUUCGGCCGAGUGGGAGGACAGCUUCUCCAAAGUGGCGACAGAACCAGAACAAGCACGAGGCGCAUCGACUGGCCCUCAUCGGGAUCAAGAAGACUUGUUUGAAUUCUCCUCCAGUGAGGACUUGAGCAUUUCCUCCGUGCACCAUUCGGGGCACAUAAUCUUCUGUGGCAAGCUCAUCCCGUAUGGAGAGCCGCCGCCCGCCGCGAAGAACGCGGAUGAUCUCGUCAGAAAGCGUCCCGCAAAGUCGAAGAAGAGGUGGUUCUUUCGCUGGAAGCUGCGCCUAUUUAGGAAGUCCAGAACGUCGUAUUCGUACCGCAAGUUGAGAUCGGACAAGAAGAAGCGGUCGAAGCCGCGGGAAGUGACCGACUCCAAGAACCUGCCGUUGGAGAAGUUCAGGAGCGUAGAUGGGUCGGCGAGGAAGGUGGGAGCAAAGGGCAAGUGGUACUUCCUCGUGUUUGGGUCGGCCAGGUUCCCGAUGGAGAUGGAGUUGAGCGACAUGAGGAUGAGGCAGAGCCGCCGGCGGAGCCAGGCCUCGAUGGUCCAGUCGACGGAUAAUGCCGAGAAGAAGAUUCCGAGGAACUGGGGGCUGUGGCGGCUUUUGAGGACCUUGAGCUGCAGUAGCAGCAACAACGGGGAUAACCAUACGAGCAGUGCUAUGGUAGAGGCUUCACCAAAUGAGUUGCAUUCCAACUCAAGUGGCUAG